UCAUAUGACCAAAGGUGGACGCGCUCACGGGGAAGAAGAUCCUGGUGUUUGUAACUUCAUUCCUCUGUCUCUGCCUGUCUUUUAACCCUCAUCCCAGUUCACUCGAUUCGACUUAAUCCGACAGAAUGAAGCGGAUGAUGGUGAGAGUUGAAUCCAACAUGGAGAGGCGAGGCCGGCCUGCUGCUCUGACUUUACUUCUCUGUGCUGCGAUGCUUCCGUGUGUCUCCAGCCACUCUGGCCAGAUUGACCCUCUGUUGUAUGAGGAGCAGCUGCUGUGGGUGAGUGGCGGCGCGGGGGAGGUGAACACCUACAGGAUCCCCCUGCUCACCUUCACCCCCAAAGGAAGCCUGCUGGCCUUCGCUGAGGCCAGGAAGCAGUCACCUGGUGACAUAGGAGCAAAGUUCAUCGCAAUGAGACGGUCCUUAGACAAAGGAGCCACCUGGUCCCCCACGUCUUUUAUCAUCGAUGACGGAGUGAAGACAGACGGCCUGAACCUGGGCUCGGUGGUGGUGGACGAGGAAGCCGGCUCUGUCAUACUGGUCUACAGCAUAUGCUUCCACCAGUACCACUGCAAACCCUCCAGCACGAUGAUGGUGGAGAGCAGAGACGACGGCCUCAGCUGGAGCUCACCCAAAAACCUCUCUGUCCAGCUCGGGGUCAAGAGCUUCGCCCCCGGGCCAGGCUUUGGCAUCCAGAAGCGCUACAACCCUGCCAAGGGGAGGCUGGUGGUGUGUGGUCACGGCACCCUGGAGGGGGACGGAGUUUUCUGCAUCCUGAGUGACGACCACGGACUAAACUGGUACAACGGGGCAGCGCUGAAAAGCAUCCCGUACAACCAGAAGAAGAAAGCGCAAGACUUUAAUCCUGAUGAGUGCCAGCCGUUUGAGAUGACGGACGGCAGCAUCGUCAUCAAUGUGCGGAACCAGAACAACUACCACUGCCGGUGCCGCGUCAUAGUGCGCAGCCUCGAUGGAGGAUUGUCCCUGCCCAUAGAUGAGCUGUUCUUCGACUACACGCUGGUGGACCCUGUGGUGGCUGCCGGGGCUCUGCAGAAAGAAGGAGUGCUUUACUUCACCAACCCAGCCAGCACUGACCACAGAAUCAACCUCACUUUACGUUGGUCUCUAACAAAUGGCUCGUCGUGGGAGGGGAAUGCUCUGCAGAUAUGGCCGGGUCCGAGCGGCUACUCCAGCAUGACAUCGCUGGACAGCGGCUCUGCAGAGGACAGGAAGUACGUCUUUGUCAUCUACGAGAAAGGCCACAAGGACUAUUUCGAGACCGUCUCGUUUGCAAAGAUCCACCUCUACGGUGGGCGGUAGAGAAUGAGAGUGGGAGCUGCAGACGCUUGAAGGAAAGGGGAAGCAGGAUGAUGAUUUAUAACCAAGAUUUCCUCAGGAAGAAAACUUUGUUUUCAAAUGUAGGAACAGAUGAGACUCAAUGCCAUGAAUGCCACCAGCUUUGGGUUUGGUCUGAUGAUGCACCUCUCAUUUUAUGUUCCAUUGCUGACAAACCAGUUUCUUUUCUCUUUUUUGGGUAGGAAAUGGAGGAUGAAAUUUGUUCCACCAAGGCAUAAGGAUGGUUGUAUUUUGCUGAAAAUUUGCACAUUUCCAAUAUUUUUGAGCUCCCCUCCUCCAGACAAUGGAAGGUAUGAUCAGCUUGGGGAAGGAUAAGAUAUUGGGGAAUUAAUUUAAGGUAUUUUUAAGGACAGAGAAAGUACUUUAGUUUCCAAGUAAAUUAAAUUGUGCUAUCAUAAACAUGUAAAUAUUUCCUCUUGUGAAGUUGACAUCGACCCCGCAUUUUGCCCUUAAAAUACUAAAUGAUCACAAAUAUCACAUGAAUAUCACAGCACAGAAAGCAUUUCAUUAUCAUCCAGUGGUUCUAACAGCAGUCUUCCAUAUAAAGCCAGACACCCUUACUAGGUUGUUUUUUUCACGUUUGGACCCUGGGUUGCAUAUUUUUCUAUUCUACAAAUACAACCUGUGUCCUAUAUGAGCCAUAAAUCUUUUUUUUCCAGAGCAGUAUGUGUAGUAGACAUCAUAAGGAUCUAGUUUAGUACUGAUGUGUGCUGCAGUGCUAUAUAGAUUUUAAGCACCUCUGAAAAGGGAUUGGUUGAUCUAUCAGUCACUCGAAUUAAGUUUUUCUUUUCAUCCAGAUAACAUUCAGUAAUAUAAUGUCACUGUUUCAGUGCAGACUCCCAGGUGAGCUACUUCCAAAGCAUAUAUUGAUAUUUUAUGAUGAAUUCUUGCCUUUAUUGAGUUUUCAAAGAUGGGAUGUGCCCAUGUACUCACCCUAAUUGAUUUUUUUUUUCUAGCUUUGUAAUAAAUUGUGUUCGGGCUGGUCAUCUUUACCGGAAAGUGCUUCUAUGUUGAUAGCCUUUGUUAUGAGAGUGCUAUUACACAUACUCUGCUAUUCCCUGGGUCUGGGAUCAGAAAUGAUACUAGAAAAUCAAUAAUAAUAAUGGGAAAAAAGGGAUGAAUGUGUGUAUGAGAGUGUGUAUGUGACUGAGAAUGAGAGAGCAAGUUCAUUGUGUGGCCUAAGUAGCCUUUUUUUGUACUUGUACAUCAUGCAGGUUUAUUAUUAUUAGUUCUUAAUGUUGAUGACUACUGUUUAGAUGAGCACUCCUUUGUGCUCAGAUGUGGAGAUUUUGUUUUGGGACACAUUUUCUUCAGCUCUGAAAUUCUGAUCUGUACACUUUCUGAAAAUGUCAAGAAGAAAUAAAGUGUGAUUUCUAU